CAACCCUGGACUCUCCCGACCCCUAGCUGUCGGUCCCCCUCCCUGCGCGCGCGCUGGCGGGUUUCCUACCCUCCGAGGCGUCCGCCGGCCUGCGCCCUGGCGGGGAAGUGGGCGGGCCGGGCGACAUUUAAGGCUGGUGCCGCCUCCCCAGUGCAGCGGCUGGCGAUCGGUCGCGGAGGUGCUUGCAGGGCCCGCGCCGCCGCCGGUAUCUCCACCGCCAACAUCCCAGCCACCGCCACUGCCACUGCCACAGCCACACGAGGCCCCCCACCGUGCGCUCCGCCGCUGCGGUCCGGGAUCCGCGCUCCAUGCCCGCAGCCCGCGGCGCCACCAGCCCAGCAUGCACCAGAAAACCCCAGAAAUUUACUCCGUGGAGCUCAGCGGAACUAAGGACAUCGUAAAAACAGACAAGGGGGAUGGCAAAGAGAAGUACAGGGGUCUGAAGAACAACUGCCUGGAACUCAAAAAGAAAAAUCACAAAGAGGAGAUUCAGAAAGAACUCCAUCUGGAUGACCACAAACUCAGCAAUAGGGAAUUGGAAGAGAAAUAUGGCACAGACAUCAAUACGGGUCUCUCCAGCACCAGAGCUGCCAAGCUCCUGGCCCGGGAUGGGCCCAACUCCCUCACCCCUCCCAAGCAGACGCCUGAGAUCAUCAAGUUCCUCAAGCAGAUGGUGGGAGGGUUCUCUAUCCUCCUGUGGGUGGGCGCCUUUCUCUGUUGGAUUGCAUAUGGGAUUCAGUACUCCAGCGACAAGUCUGCAUCCCUGAACAACGUGUACUUGGGCUGUGUGCUUGGCCUGGUGGUCAUUUUAACGGGGAUCUUUGCUUAUUACCAAGAGGCAAAAAGCACCAACAUCAUGUCCACUUUCAAUAAGAUGAUCCCUCAGCAAGCUCUCGUCAUCCGAGAUUCUGAGAAGAAGACCAUCCCUUCAGAGCAGCUGGUGGUGGGGGACAUUGUGGAGGUCAAAGGAGGAGACCAGAUCCCCGCAGACAUCAGGGUGCUGUCUUCUCAGGGAUGUCGGGUGGAUAACUCAUCUCUCACGGGGGAGUCUGAGCCCCAGCCCCGCUCCUCUGAGUUUACCCAUGAAAACCCCCUGGAAACGAAGAACAUCUGCUUCUAUUCCACAACGUGUCUGGAAGGCACUGUCACCGGCAUGGUCAUCAACACGGGUGACCACACCAUCAUUGGCCAUAUUGCCUCCUUGGCCUCAGGAGUUGGAAAUGAGAAGACGCCCAUUGCCACUGAGAUCGAGCACUUUGUUCAUAUUGUGGCAGGAGUGGCUGUCUCCAUCGGCAUCCUUUUCUUCACCAUCGCUGUGUCCCUGAAGUAUCGAGUCCUGGACUCCAUCAUCUUCCUCACUGGCAUCAUUGUGGCCAAUGUGCCUGAGGGCCUCCUGGCCACUGUCACUGUGACCCUGUCGCUGACAGCAAAACGCAUGGCCAAGAAGAACUGCCUGGUGAAGAACCUGGAGGCUGUGGAGACCCUCGGCUCCACCUCCAUCAUCUGCGCGGACAAGACUGGGACACUGACCCAGAACAGGAUGACAGUGGCCCAUCUAUGGUUCGACAAUCAGAUCUUUGUGGCUGACACCAGUGAAGACCAUUCAAACCAAGUCUUUGACCAAAGCUCUAGGACUUGGGCCUCCUUAUCCAAGAUAAUAACAUUGUGUAACCGAGCAGAGUUCAAGCCAGGACAGGAUAAUGUCCCCAUCAUGAAGAAAGCUGUGAUUGGAGAUGCCUCAGAAACUGCUCUUUUAAAAUUCUCAGAGAUCAUUUUGGGUGAUGUGAUGGAAAUUAGAAAAAGAAACCGCAAAGUAGCUGAAAUCCCUUUUAACUCUACUAAUAAAUUUCAGCUCUCCAUCCACGAGACGGAUGACCCCCACGACAAGCGCUUCCUCAUGGUGAUGAAGGGGGCCCCUGAGCGCAUCUUAGAGAAAUGCAGCACCAUCAUGAUCAAUGGCGAGGAGCACCCACUGGACAAGAGCACCGCCAAGACCUUCCACACGGCCUACAUGGAGCUGGGCGGGUUGGGCGAGCGUGUGCUGGGUUUCUGCCAUCUCUACCUGCCAGCAGACAAGUUUCCAGAAACCUACUCAUUUGACAUAGAUGCUAUGAACUUUCCGACCUCCAACCUCUGUUUUGUGGGACUCUUGUCAAUGAUCGAUCCCCCUCGGUCCACCGUGCCAGAUGCAGUCACCAAAUGCCGGAGUGCAGGGAUCAAGGUUAUUAUGGUUACUGGUGAUCAUCCCAUCACAGCCAAAGCUAUCGCCAAGAGUGUGGGGAUCAUUUCAGCCAACAGUGAAACAGUGGAAGACAUUGCACAUCGCCUCAACAUUGCUGUGGAGCAAGUUAACAAAUGGGAUGCUAAGGCCGCUGUGGUGACUGGCAUGGAGCUGAAGGACAUGAGCUCGGAACAGCUGGAUGAGAUCUUAGCCAACUACCAGGAGAUUGUCUUUGCCCGGACAUCCCCCCAGCAGAAGCUGAUCAUUGUGGAGGGUUGUCAGAGGCAGGAUGCUGUUGUUGCUGUGACAGGGGAUGGAGUCAAUGACUCUCCGGCUCUAAAGAAGGCAGACAUUGGGAUUGCCAUGGGGAUAGCAGGUUCUGAUGCAGCCAAAAAUGCAGCCGACAUGGUCUUGCUGGACGACAACUUCGCAUCCAUCGUUACAGGGGUGGAGGAAGGUCGCCUGAUCUUUGACAACCUCAAGAAGACUAUUGCUUACACCCUGACCAAGAACAUUGCCGAGCUGUGCCCCUUUCUGAUCUACAUCAUUGUCGGGCUCCCCCUGCCCAUUGGCACCAUCACCCUUCUGUUCAUUGACUUAGGGACAGACAUUAUCCCCUCCAUUGCCUUGGCAUACGAGAAAGCUGAAAGUGACAUCAUGAACAGGAAGCCUCGCCACAAGAAGAAGGACAGGCUGGUGAACCAGCCGCUCACUGUGUAUUCAUACCUGCACAUUGGCCUCAUGCAAGCCCUGGGAGCUUUCCUUGUGUAUUUCACCAUCUAUGCACAGGAGGGCUUUCUGCCCCGCACUCUCAUUAACCUGCGGGUAGAAUGGGAGACGGACUACGUGAAUGACUUGGAAGACAGCUAUGGGCAGGAAUGGACAAGGUACCAGAGGGAAUACCUAGAAUGGAUGGGCUACACAGCUUUCUUUGUUGGCAUCCUAGUCCAGCAAAUAGCAGAUCUGAUCAUCAGGAAAACCCGGAGGAAUUCCAUCUUCCAGCAGGGUCUCUUCAGAAAUAAAGUCAUCUGGGUGGGGAUCGCCUCACAGAUCAUCAUUGGUCUGAUCCUCUCCUACGGCCUCGGAAGUGUCACAGCCUUGAGAUUCACCAUGCUUAGGGCUCAGUACUGGUUUGUGGCUGUGCCGCACGCCAUCCUGAUCUGGGUGUAUGAUGAGAUGCGGAAGCUCUUCAUCAGGCUCUACCCUGGAAGCUGGUGGGAUAAGAACAUGUAUUAUUAAGACCACCUCACUUCCUUCGUCUCUCAGCGGCACGUUGGGGCACACUUGUUCAUCUUCUGACCAUUUGCUGGGAGAUUCCCCUGCAGGGCAGACAUCGUCAAAAUUCCUACAAGAGGAAAUUUUCAUGCAGCAAGCUGUAUGCAGGAUAUUCACUGACGUCUUGCACUUUAAAACUGAAAUUCAACUCUUUAUGUAGGAUUUUCUUUUCUAUCUCCAUCUCCUCAUUAAAAAAUACGUACAUUUCAAGGUAA